CCAUCUGGCCAGCAACGGACCACCCGCGAAGCGAUAAUUCAUUAUCAACAAACUCCAGACAUCGGACCACUCAGCCACAUCACAUCAUAAACAAUCUCACGACCCAAGAUCCAAAUAAACAAACAUUUCCAUUAUUUGCCAUAAUGCAGUAUUUAGCGAUAGGACUAGAAUCAGGGCACAGCGAGAUUAUAUAUAGCAGUAUCCUAAAAUUCUAUGUUCAGUUAUUUAGCAAGAGUGAAUAAAGACACGUUGGUGUCAAAAAAAUAUUUUUUUAAAUAAACCUUCUGUAAAAGUAUUAACUGGCGCCCGAAUAGGGACCCAGAGUGAUUAGUGUUAUCAGUGGAAAAUUAGUGAAGUGAACGGAAGUAAGACUCGGUGCGUGAAAGCAAUCGACAGCCCGUUUAAUUUUCCACCGCGUUUCGAACAACGACUUGGUGCGAUAAAGCAACCAUCGGUUCGAAUUGAUAACACUCGCAACACCAACCUCGUUUAAAGCGGACAUCCGCACUUCCGACUCUGUGUUUUCGUGCCCCAGUAGGACGAAAACACAGAGAAAUACUAGUGCUUCAUCUAAAAAGGAAAACACCACCGCACCGGGAAGUGUGUGCUUCACCUGGGUUCCACGGAUCCUCAUCACUUCGAGCUCACCCGACGCUUGGAUCCGGAGAUAAUAGGACUCGGUAACAACCAAACACGCGCUCGAAAGGCUUCCAGAUUUCCACUGCAAGAGGAUUGGGAACGGAGCCACGUGUCCCGCAGUUCUGUGGCAUACCCACAGAAUGUUUGGAAUUAUUGUACUCGCCUUCUGCGUGUCGGCCAUACACUCCAGUAUUCACGUACAUGACCUCACAAAUAAUCCACUAGCUAUCAUACCAUUAGGGAAAGCUAGGAUAAAAACAGGCUACGUAAGGAUAGUACAUCCCAUAGAUUUGAUUCAAAUAGGAAACACCAUAUCCAACGUGAAUGAUGAAAUACAAUCAAACCCUUCAGUUAAUCCUUUAUACGAAUUGAUGCAAAUUAAGAAUUAUAAAUUGUAUGAAACCUUUCUCAAAUUGAAACCUUUUAUAAAAAGACAAAAAAGAUGGGAUACUAUAGGCACUGUAUGGAAGUGGGUAGCAGGCAACCCUGAUGCAGACGACCUUCGUAUCAUCAACGCUACACUUAACUCCCUCAUCACCCAAAACAACAAGCAAGUAAUGAUAAACCAAGCUAUAAGCAAUAGAAUACAAGACGUAACCGAUUUGGCUAAUCAAAUGCUGUUAAUGGAAAAACAAAAAGCUAAAAAUCAUUCGAUUGAAAUUAAUCAUUUAAUGAUACUGUCCAACUUAGACUCACUUCAGGACCAGAUAGAAACACUUGAGGAAGCAAUUCUAAUGGCAAAACAUGGUAUACCGAGUAGCAAGCUGUUAUCAAUGCGCGACUUCAAUACGAUCGCAACCUUCCUGGGAGACCACGACAUAUUCGUCACAUCAUUUGAGGAACUAUUAUCACAAUCAACGGCACAAGUAACAUUGAACAACACGCACAUUGCGUAUAUUUUAAAAGUACCACAAUUUUCAAAAGACAUUUAUGAAUAUGAAUACAUUGAUUCCAUUAUAAAGAACAACAAACGCAUCUCACUGCAACGCAAUUAUCUAAUGCGUAAUUUGACACACAUUUACGAGUCAAACCAACCAUGUGAGGAUCAAGGAAAUUAUUUUCUUUGCGAAACUUCAACUUUAACCCCAAGCAAUGACUGCAUAGAAAAACUAAUACGUGGACAACAUUCCAAUUGCAUCUUCGAAAAAAUAUAUUCAAGAGGUUUAGUCAAACGAAUAGACGACGCCUCCAUACUUAUCAACAACGCACUUGUGCAAGUCUCAUCCAACUGCAGCAACUCGAACCAACAACUCAAUGGUUCAUUUCUAAUCCAAUUUGAAGGAUGCACUCUACGAAUCAACGGAGAAUUCUUCUCUAACUUUGAAACUAUUCUACCUGGACGACCGUAUCACCCUACAACCGGCCUAAUAGUUACCGAGCUCGAUACCCUGGACUCACCACCUGCUGAAUAUCUACAGAACCUGACAUUAGAACAUCGAGACGAAUUGGAAAUAUUGAAACUUCAAAGUAACUCUCUCACCUGGAAGCUACACCUGUUUGGAUCCAUUGGAGGAUUCACGGUAGUAUCAAUAAUUGCCACAAUUGGAGUUUUCCUAUAUCUUUCUAGAAAAACAAUCAUCAACGCCAAAUUCAGCAUUCCAAGUAUUAACAAAGACGACAUCAUUCUCACGGAAACUGUUUCCGUCAGCAAAAACGAAAUCAUCACAAACUCCAAGACACAGUCAUCAGAACUAUCAGCAGAACGCGAAAACGAAAUCCAAUCUUUCAUCGACAUGCCAUCACCCUUUCGAACCAUUAAACUUUGAGGACAAAGUCAUUUAAGAGGGGAAGAGUUAAGUCACCAACCAUCUGGCCAGCAACGGACCACCCGCGAAGCGAUAAUUCAUUAUCAACAAACUCCAGACAUCGGACCACUCAGCCACAUCACAUCAUAAACAAUCUCACGACCCAAGAUCCAAAUAAACAAACAUUUCCAUUAUUUGCCAUAAUGCAGUAUUUAGCGAUAGGACUAGAAUCAGGGCACAGCGAGAUUAUAUAUAGCAGUAUCCUAAAAUUCUAUGUUCAGUUAUUUAGCAAGAGUGAAUAAAGACA